GCCACGCAGCAUCGCCGCGCCGGGGCUGCCGGCGUCGCCUCCCGCUCCUCGGGCAGGCUUCGCCUGGCCGGGAUGGGGACACAGGUGGGGACACGGGGACAAACGGGGCCGAGCCUCCCCACGAGGGGCAGCAGGGCUGCAGCAGGGCCCCCACACCCUCCACCAAGCGACGAGGACGUGGCAAAAGAAGGGUCGCCAGCGGGUCCCCCAUGGCCGGUGAUGGCGGCGCCGCCAGAUCCUUUCUCUGCCUUUUUUUUUUUUUUUUUCCCUUUUUUUCCCCCCCUCGUUUGGCUUUUGGCAGCGGUGCUGGGGAGGGCUGGCGAGCGGCAGCAGCCCCCCGCCGCCCCGGCCCCGUGCCAGGGCGGGUGGUGGCAGAGGGGCUCCGCUCAGCUGCGGGAGCGUCCCCGCGCCGCGCUCGCUGCCAAUUUCCCUGCGAGCUGGCACCGCAGGCGGCUCCGGAGGCAGCGGCGGAGAGGCUGGGGAUGGAUUGUGAAAGGGAGCGAGGAGAAAAAAAAAAAAAAAAAUGGACACAUGCCAUCGCUGGAGCGGCGAGGCUGCCAAAAUGCCAGCAGGCAGCGUGGGGCCGAAACCCGCCGGAGGGGAGAGGAGGGUCUGAAGCCCGUCCCGGCGCGGGUGGCGGUGCAUGGAGGACGGGCAGAACGGCGGAGGCGCCGCGUGGCCGAGGCAGGACAGGUGGCGGACAGCGGAGCUGGCGAGGAAAAAGAUCCCCAGCCCCGUGGGCACCGCCUCCUGUGGACGCAGCCCUGCUGGAUGCAGCAGCCACAGCCCGGCCCUGGAUGCCACCGUGCCACCAGCCCCACUGCAGCCCUGGGGGGGGACAUUUCCCUUGUGUCCCCUUGUCUGUCCGUCCCCCAGCCCGGACAGCAGCAGCAGCAGCACCCAGCCACGCGAAGGACCGUGGGACGUGAUGGAGGUGCCACCAGUCUGGUCCCUGCUGGAUGUGCCAACAGCCACCAGUCACCAAACACACUGGGACCCGGUGACAGGGACUGGAGCUCCCCUGCCAUGGGCUCACCGGGUUUCAGGAGCAUGUCCAGGCAGAGGGAGAGGCUCAUCCACCCGCCACACACGGAGCUUUACCAACGACACCUCCCUCAGGGUGAGGAUUUGGCCUGGGGACGAUGCCAGCAGGAGCUUGGAGGCUGAAGGCAGCGUCCCCCAGCGGGACCAGCCCGGCUGCUGCCCGAGGGACGCUCCUGCCCCGUGUCCCCACCUCACCCAGGACCUCGUCAUGCUCAGCUCCGCGGCACCAGGGCCAUCCUGACCCCAUCCAUCCCAGGACGGGGCUGGCAAGCCCUCCAGCCCCGUGAGCCGUGGAGACGGCAGCGAGCAGCGGGAGGAGGCCGGUGGGGCGCGGGGUGCCCGGCCGCGGGCGGCGGGGGCUGCCGGUCACUGCCAGGUUACAUCUGCCGGGGCACGCAAGAGUGACUCCAGAUGCAUUAGAAGUGCCGUGCUCGAAUUUCAAUUUCAUCGUCUCACAAUCAUUUUCAGGCUCCUCUUAGUGCCACAUUAACGAAGCCUGCUCGUUUGAAUGCAUAAUUAGCCCGAGCAUUCUACCUCGCUAAUUUCAAAGCAGGAGCAGAGAGUGGGGGGGGAAGGGGGGGGGGGAAUUUGCAUAUUAAUUUAGCAGAGGGAGAGAAAAAUUGUUUACCACUUGCUUCUUGCUGUUGAUCACAGCGGACUUAACUCUUUCCCGGGUGCCAUCUGGAGCUGCGGAGCCGGGCGCCCGGCCGGCACGUGGGACAGGACGCAAAGGUCACGCAGCAGCAAUUAAUUAAAUCCUCCCCGCGGCGCCGUGGCCGCCCAGACCACCCUGGCUGUUUUUGCUACUGGGAGCCAACUGGGAGCACUGGGACUGCAGCCUGGCUGCUCCUGGAGGGGCGGCCGGGAUGGAGGUGUGAGCUCCAGGCUGCGCCCCAGCACUCCUCCCGGUGCAGCUCUGGGGGGAAAGUGCCAUUGUCACCUCCCCAGGAGCACCAGGGAGGUGACAGCCGUCCCUGCUGUCCUCAGCAAGGCCACCACGGUGCCAGGCACGCAGAGGGGUGCCCAACGUCAGCACCCAUCCUGCUGAGGUCAGCCAGGUCUGGGCCUGUGCCAAGGGCACCCUGUCACCUCCAGCGUGUCCCCUCCCAGGGGACAGCUCUGUCCUCAUUUUUUAGCAUCGCCCACGCCGAGCAUGAAGCUGGAUGCGCACGGCGGCUGCUGCCCGUCCCCAAAACGUGGGUCUGCCCCAUGGAGGUCUCCGUACCCAUGGGCAUCACACCCGCAGCCCGUGCACCCAUGGAGCACCCACGGCACGGGGGGAGCACCCACGCCGAGCGCGGACGGCUCGCUGCACCGCCGCGGGCUGCCUUUGUUCGAGUCUGUGGGCGUCUUGAGCCGGGGCUGGAGGUAAUUUGUCUGUCUCCUGCAGCGGGGCUGUCAUCUCGCAUCUGCGAACCGGUUCCAUUUGCACUGCCAUUAAAAAAUCGCAGGUCUGACAGGUAGCAAAAAAUAAAACAGGGAAGAAAAGCCUAAAAAAAAAAAAAAAAAAAAAAACAGGAGCAUCGUGGGCUCGCUGUAUCUAGAACCAACCUUAAAUCCAGGUAUCGCUGGGUUUGAGGAUAGUCCCAGGUGUGGCAAGCCAUCCUGUGCUCCUUGGGUCUCUGUCCCCAUUCCACCUGGGCUCCCCAGAAGGGGUUGGUCACCCCAGAAGGGUUUGAUCACCCCCGGAGAGCCACUGCCCAGGCCAUCGAUGCCGUCUGGCCGCAUGGAGCCCUCCCAGCACAUCCCAGUUGGGGGACACCUAACACUGGCAUCAGGUCUGGCUCCAGCAGCACUGCACGGGGAGGCGCACGUGGGGAUCACCCCGCGCCCUGGUGCUGCCUUGCCAUGGAGCUGCGUGGCCUGGGGACGCCCUCACCAUGGGGUUGGGGUCUCUUGGUGUCCGUGUGGGGUCCCUCGGUGUCCGUGUGGGGUCCCUCGGUGUCCGUGACGCCGUGCCGGCGAGUCCCGCAUCGCGUGGGGCCGGCCCGCAGAGGGUUAACAGCUGAUUACAGCCUUUGUCUCUGCAUCAGUGUACAUAAUGCGCCCUGCAUUUGCAUACUGCAGUGUGCGCUCAAUUAAAAUGAACUUUUAAUUUCUUCUAA